AUGUAUAAUGGUUUCUUACCUACAUAUACAAACUGGCAUUUCCAUAGUGAACGGUUGAACGUCAAGGAAGCUUCAGUGCUGGAAGAACCUCAACAAGAUAACAGUUUGAAUGAAGACUUCACAACAGAUCUACUAAAUGAUGUCUUCCCAAACUUGGCCCCAAACUUUGAUGAUGAAGCUGGUCCAUCGAAUCAUGCACCUAAUGCAGAAGAAAAUGUGGAUCAAGCACCUAUUUCAGAUGAAAGAAGAGUAUUUGACGAGUUAUCUUCAGAUGCACAUGAAGAACUUUACGAGGGGUGCACUUCAUUCUCGAAGUUAUCUUUCAUGCUGAAGUUAUAUCACAUCAAAUGUAUCACUAAGAUAAGUGAUAAAGGGAUGUCCAUGAUCAUUGACCUUCUCAAUGAAGCAUUUAAGCAUGCAAAGUUUCCUGCUUCACUUCAUGACCUGAAGAAGACAGUUAGAAAACUUGGGCUACAGUAUGAAUCAAUACAUGCUUGCCCAAAUGAUUGUAUGUUGUUUUGGGGAGAAGAUUCUGGGAGAGAGACCUGCAAGAUUUGUGAAACAUCUCGAUGGAAAAUGAAAGGAAACGAAGCUGAAAAUGAGGAAGUUUCUGAAAAGAAAAAAAAGAAUAAAAAACAAGCUGCUAAGGUAUUACGCUACUUUCCGCUAAAACCACGUCUACAGAGACUGUUUAUGUCUUCUAAGACUGUGGAAAGUAUGAAAUGGCAUGCAUUAGCAGAAAACAAGGAUGGAAAACUAAGACAUCCAAGAGAUGGCCAAGCAUGGAAAACAUUUGAUCAAAAGUUUCCUGUUUUUGCAUCAGAUGCAAGGAAUGUUAGGCUUGGACUAGCUACUGAUGGUUUUAACCCUUAUGGUGCUAUGAGUACAAACUACAGUAUAUGGCCGGUUUUGUUGUUUCCAUACAAUCUACCUCCAUGGAUGGCAAUGAAGCACUCAUCAAUGAUAUUGUCGAUGAUAAUUCCAGGAAAACAAAUGCCUGGGAAUGAUCUUGAUGUUUACUUACAACCUUUGAUCAAAGAGCUUAAAGAGUUAUGGGCAACUGGUGUUCAAACAAUUGAUGCUUCGACAAAGAAAACAUUUUGUAUGCUUGCAGCUUUAAUGUGGACAAUUAGUGAUUUUCCAGGACUUGGAAAUUUAUCUGGUUGGAAUACAUAUACGGAUCUAGCUUGUCCAUCAUGUAAUUAUGAUUCUGCUCAACUACGUCUGCACCAUGGGAAAAAGAAUUGUUUUAUGGGUCAUCGACGCUUUCUUCAGCCUGAUCAUAAGUUUCGAUAUGAUAAGAAACAUUUUGAUGGAAAAGAAGAGUUAAGACUACCUCCAGUUACACCUUCAGGGUCGACGAUUAUGGAGCAACAAGAAAGUGUCGAUGUUGUACUUGGAAAAAAUGCAGAUGGUACUAAAAAGAAAAGAGACGAAGGAACACAAUGGAGGAAAAAGAGUAUUUUCUUUGAAUUGCCAUACUGGAAACAUUCUCUGUUAAGACAUAAUCUUGAUGUGAUGCACAUAGAGAAAAAUGUCUUUGACAAUGUGGUAUUCACAUUAUUGGGUGAGAAGAGAAGGUCCAAAGACAAUCUGAAUGCAAGAAAAGAUCUACAUUAUUUGGGUAUACGCUCUGAAUUAUGGCCAGAUGCUAAUGGAAAGUAUCUUCCAGCUUCUUUCAAGCUCACGAAUCAAGAAAAAGAUAUUUUCCUUAGUAUAUUAAAGAGUGCAAGAAUCCCAGAUGGAUACUCUUCAAAUAUCUCAAAAUGUAUUGAUGUCAAGCAACGUAAAAUUCUUGGCCUGAAAAGCCAUGAUAGUCACGUCAUUAUGGGCCAUUUAUUACCAAUUGCGUUACGUAGCGUGUUAUCACCAGAUGUUACUUCUGUUAUAGCAGAGCUAUGUCACUUUUUUCGGGAUAUUUGCUCAAAGGUUAUCGACGUCAGUGAGCUACUCAGCCUACAAAAAAGAAUUGUUCUUGUGCUUUGUCAUCUAGAAAUGUUGUUUCCCCCUUCUUUCUUCACAGUAAUGGUACAUCUCAUAGUGCACUUAACUGAAGAAGUAAAAUUUGGGGGUCCAGUUCAGUUUCGGUGGAUGUAUCCUGUUGAGAGGAAGUUUAAAGAUGAGUUAAGUAGAGCUAACAUGCGUGGUAGGAAACGACGUCAUCCUUUAAACAUCGACCGAGAAGUCCAUCUUCAUUUUGAGAAGUGGCUUAGACAAAAAGUAGAGAGAAAUGAGAUUGCUAAUGAUGAUAUUCGGCUCAUUGCUAAUGGUCCAUCAGAUAAGGUUUUGAAGUUCUCGUCAUAUAACAUUAAUGGUUAUAAGUAUAGGACUUUAGAACGAGAUGGUGAUCUGAAGACACAGAAUUGUGGGGUUUAUAUAUCUGCUGAAACCAUUAGUUAUGCUUCUUCUCGUGACACUAAUCCAAGGGCUGGUGAUGUUCCAUAUUACGGAAAGCUCAUAGACAUUAUUCAGCUAAAUUACUACGAUAAAUUUCGAGUAAUUUUAUUUAAGUGCAAAUGGGCAGAUACUCGUGAUAAUCGUGGAUACAAGAGAGACAUUUUUGGUCAUCACAUGGUGAAUUUCUCUCGUACAAUACAUAGCGGUGCAUACGAGGAAGAUGAACCCUUUGUAUUAGCAUCUCAAGCAAAGAUGGUUUAUUAUGUAGAAGACCCAAGUGAGAGUGGCUGGAGUAUAGGGGUGCAUAUUACACCAAGAGACUUGUACGAGAUGGGAGAAUCUGAUGUAUCUGAUGAUCCACCUGAGAAUAUUGACAUCAAUGACUCUAUUGUCAAUGAUAGAUUACUUCUUUCAGAUGAAAUACCAAACUUUCGGCUAGUAAGAGAUACCAUGGAAGAUGACGAUGACGAUGACGUUUAA